AUCAUUUUUCUGUGUACUGAUAAAUUAUUUUUUUUUCUGUAUUACGUCAUUACGUCACAAGAGUCUACCAGUAAGUAACAAAAUGAACAAAUUGGAAUUGUCCCUAAAUUGUUUGAUUCUAGGUCAAACUUUGAGUAAAUGUUUCUGCGUAGAUAUUGGCGAAAUAAAUUUAAUUGAUAAUGGAUUUGAAGUCACAUUUGCCGAUUUUAAAGUUUCACAUUUAAUAGAUAAGAUUUUUCUUCGAAAAAAUUUAAUUCAAGACAAAAAUGAAAUGGAUAUUCAUAAAGUUGAUAGCAAGAAGGUUAAUGAUGAAAAAAAUAAUCUUAAAGGAUUUACCAAAGAUGAUAUCAAAAAUAAACUAAAUGGUGAGUUGUUGACGCCUAUGCUCAAGCUUACGAGUUGUUUUAAUACUGAAGAAAUGGAUCAAGAGGGCAUUAAUAUCUUCAUAGUCCUCACCCCCACUGCAGGUCCUUCACGAGGCGUUGCGCAAGGACCUAACUGGCGCAAUACUUCUUCUAUCUACGAGUGGAUACAAGAAUUCACACUGAACCGUGGUAAUAGCCGACUCGUCAAUACCUAUGGUAAAAACUUUGAACUUUAUCAACGGGAAGACACAAUCGAAACCCUAUGGAAACUGAUUAAAGAACGAUAUCCAUAUCGUAAUGAUGACGACAAAGGCAAUCAUCCAAUCCCCGUUUUAGCCGGUGGACCUGGAACUGGAAAAAGCAGAUUUCUUGAUGAAAUCGAAAGAUUGCUUUGGCGUUGUAUCAAUGAAUCUGAUGAGGAAAUCCGUAAUGGUUUUGCAAACAUGGUCGUCAUAAACACCACUUAUGGGAAUGGAUCCCCUGCUAGUAGUCAUGAUUCAAGAAUUAUUGGUAGCGAGUCAACAGAAAUAAUUAACGGCCAGGCAUCUUUUGCGUUGCGUAUUCUAUUUGAGUACUUCCAACCACAAAACGAAACUGGUGAACUCUCUUUUCCCCAAUUUAACACACUAUGUAGUAAGAAAGCUGUUGACUUUACUCUAGACACUGCUCUCCGAGUUAUAUACGCUGACUUUAUUAGUAAACAAAGGAAGCAAGAAACAAGUUCUUGUCCUCCACUAGUCCUGGUCAUUGGAAUCGAUGAGUUCAACAAUUUGCACGAUAUACAAAAAGGAGCCUGUAAAGAACUUAUAAAAACUAUUGGAGGAGUUAUGUGUAAACCACCUGCAAACAUUUUUUUCAUUCCCAUCCUAGCUGGAACGAUUGAAGGGGCCAUAAGUGAUUAUAUUUCAGGUUCUAUGCACGAACCAAUUCUCCUCCCACUACGCUUACUUAAUAAUGAUGAUGCAAUUAGCAUUGGUAAGAGGAUGAAUCUGUUUGAUGAUGAUUAUGUCUGUCGGAAUCCAUAUUUUCGAAUCAGCAUUAGUGAUGUUGGAGGACAUGUAAGAACAUUGGAGUAUUACUACAGUAAUUUUGCGAAACAGAAAGAUGACAAGAUGAAACUAGCGACAGAAACAGAAACAGGAGAGACAGGUCUUUAUGACGUGAAUAUUGGAAAAGUCAUGGAAUACGUCAAACAUAAGAUUGUAAAUAAAUAUCAAAUUAAUAGAUAUUCAAGUCAUUUGUCAGUACCUCUCGCAAAGGCCAUAUUGGGCUUUCCGGUUGGUAAAGUGGAUGCUGUUAAAAAAGAGAAUGUGAAAGACGAAGGAAAACAUCAAACACAUCAAACCUAUGAGGAACUUGUUUCAAUGGGACUUAUUAACCUGGUUCCGGCAGGGGAAAAAUACCUUAUUCGUUUACCUUACCUAUGGGUAUGUGCAAUCGCUGAAUGUUCCUCUGACCCUGAUUUGUCGAAUUGGAAAUCCAUGUUACAAUAUGAUGAUCCGAUUAAUUGGCAGAAUUUUGAGGAUUUUAAUGCCAAAUUCUUGGCAUUGCGCCUCGCUCUUUUUCGUUUACUAGGAUAUGAGGAAAUUAUUUUGAAGGAAUUUUUAAAGGGUGCAGAUUUCUCGCAUAGUUUUCCGGAUGUUAAAGUUGUAUUACCUGAAACUAGAAAUAUCAAAUUGUACAAAUUAUUACAUCGAUAUCCAGUCGCUAAAACUUACAAGAAUCAAGAAGCGAAAUAUGAAAACUUGAAAGAAAAGAGAAAUGGUUAUUUCGACCUUGAUUUACUGCAAAAUGAUGAUAUCAAGAAAUACACUGGUUGUGUCUUUCUUAAUGUGUCUGGAGCACCUUGGGAUGUCUUUGGGCUUCUUAAAUGUGGAAGUUCAGAGUCUGAAAUUUGUUGCGUAGCUCAGCAAUUGAAACUAACUACUACUACAAAUGUUGUCAUCGAUCAAAAGUUAUUUAAAAAUGAGCAUAAAAAGGUUAUUAAAAAUAUGGAGGAAGUUGACACAAAAAAUUGGGUUUUGUUAUUCUUAACAAACGCAGACCAGAAAGACAACCUCUCUGUAAGUGAUAGUCCGAAUAGCGCAUUAGUAUCCAUAGAAAAAAUGCAAGAAUUUUAUGGAUAUACAUAUGCAAGUCGAGCACAAUUUGCGUCUGCAAACGAUAAAAUAUACUUUAAUUCAGCACCUGUUGAAUCACUCAAACUUAUUGGAUUUAGCGAUAAAGAUAACGUUUAUAUACGUAUUGAACGCAAAAAACGCCCCUUCACUAGUCUGAAUGAUAUAAAAGAAAGGCUCGACAUUGAAGAAGAUAAAUUUAAGAAGUUAAAGUUUGAUAGAGUUGAAUUUAAUUAAAUAAUCUCGAAAAUCAUCUAUAUUUAGCAGUAUUCCCUUUUCUGAUGUACUGCUGUAAUCUAGAGAAAAUUAAACUUAUAUGAAUAAUGACUGCAAUACCGGUUUAAAUUUUCUGAAACUUAAUUAUUGCUAAUAUAAAAUUGAAACUGACUCUAGCUAAAUUAAUUUAUGAUAAUUAAAAAUAACGGAGUAGCAGACGUUUAAGAGAGAAACAUCUCGAGCCAAGUAAUAAACAAAUGUAUUGUUACACUCUGUUGUUGUUUAAUGAAAAAAAAAUUAGAGAUAUAAUAGUUGAAUAAAUAGUAGUUUAACUUUUUUCUAUUUCUCUACUUCAUUUUUAAACAAAAUGGUAAUAAAUUCAUAAUUAUGUAGUAUGUAUUUG